AUGUAUUCACGAGGAACCGGAAAACCGACAAUUGUGCUGGAGGCGGUUGCUGACUACGACCUUUGGAUAUGGCACGCGUUUUUUGGAGCACCAGGUACCAUGAACGAUCUUAAUAUUCUUGAUCGAUCACCUGUUUUUGAUGACGUUAUUAACGGAAUAGCACCACAAGUCAACUUCUAUGUUAAUGGUCAUCCAUACCAUUUGGCCUAUUAUCUCACUGAUGGGAUUUAUCCUGACUGGGCGACUUUUAUUCAAUCUAUCCGUCUACCACAAAGUGAGAAACAUUCGUUAUUUGCUAAAACCCAAGAAGCUGUUAGGAAAGAUGUGGAACGUGCCUUUGGAGUCCUGCAAGCUAGAUUUGCAGUCGUCAGAAAUCCAUCUAAUUUAUGGGAUAAACACAAAAUAGGAAAUAUUAUGAGAGCAUGUAUCAUCCUCCAUAAUAUGAUUGUCGAGGAUGAACGGGCAGAAAUGACACAAUAUGUGGUUCCUGGAUAUGAAGAAAGUGAAGAGGAAAGAUUUUCCGUCAAUAUGCCUUCGCCACUCGAUGUUGAGAUUGAACUGGAGCUUGGGGCUGACCUUGAGGUUGUGACUGAGCUUGAGGCUGGAAUGGUUGUGCAGUUGAGGCAGGAGUGGAAGCUUGAGAUUGGAGAGUUUGCAGAAUAA